CUUUUGUGUGUGAGAUCCACAUCUUAUAGCCUACUAAAACCUGGGCUCUCUACUUUAGUCAUAACAUUACUGUCCUAUAUUUUUGUUGAAACAUAUCCUCAAACCUCAAAUUGUUUGAGUCGUGCACUCGCUUAGGGGAGACCGUGGGAAAUUAUAACCUAUUUUGUAUUUAGAGAUACCAUGGUUAGUGAUAAUUUACAGAGUGGCUCUCUAUUUGUCCUCAGAAUAUUCUUUUUUUUCCCCAUUCUGGAUGACUAAAGAUUUCUUCUGAAAUAUUGACAAAGAAUUACUGUAGCCUAUAUUUUGAGCUCUUAUUACGGCGCCGAUCGGAAAAAUUAAAUUGGACUCGCAUUGUUCCACUCUUAACUUAACUGCCCCGUCCAGGUCUCGAUCACAACACGGGUGUUUUUCCCCCCAUCCCACUCCCCCUGAAACACCCUUGGGAUCAGCCUCUGGAACGUUUAGGGUUAAGUGCCUUGCUCAAUGCAGAAGUUUCACCUAGUCGGCUCGGGGAUUCGAACUAACAACCUUUGGGUUACUGGACUAAUGCUCUAACGGACAGGCUAUCUGUCCUCAUUUUUACCCGUUGCAAAUGCAAUAUGUCACGGUAACGUCUCUGUGGUGACGAGAGAAAACAGAACGAAUCUCAUAGAAUUAGAAUGAGACAAUUCGUUCUACUUCCAUGGAAUCGGCCCUCAGCCUAACAUGUAUCAACUUCCCGCGUGUCUGAAAUACAACAACAACGUUAGUAAUGCGCUAACUGCUGUCCCCAGUUCACCCUCCAUCUAAUUCAGGCCUAUUAUUCAUGAUGAUUAGACGUUCCUUUUAAUUAAACUUCAAAUGGCUUAAAAGCCAAAAGAUUAUCUUAGGAAAUGACCGACGCACCAGCCAAGCCCCAUACCGUCGUCUGCAGGAAUUGGAGAAAUGCUACAGCAGCGGAACUUCGGGAGAUGUGCCCACAGCAAAAGGCCCGUUAUUUGGCUUAUGAGGAACCACCUAAGGAGGCGCAGGGUGUGAUGGCUGUAGCGCGGCAGAGGGUGUGUGCCAGGCUGACAGAGUGGAAAGGCAGACAGGCCACUGUGAAUGCUGCGCAACAGUCAGAAAGAGCUAGGAGAUACACAAUAAUCGGCCAACUGAAGGCUGCAGAGGCGCGCAACAGGGUUCGCCUUAUGAGGCUGCGUCACCAGAACAUCAGGACCCAAGAUUUAAGUCUGAUGAUCGCCUGUCAGCCCACUGCUCAGAGGGCUGUACGGUUGGAGCUUUUACUGCCACAAGAGACAGGACUCAAUGCUCAGGAUCCUUUUGACAAACUCCAGAGGAAGAGGGUUGAGCAGCUACUGGAUAAGAGCUGGGGAACUCUGGAAAGAAGGUGGUGAUGGGAUGACAAUCGGAGAUGAACAUGCUCUCUUAAUAAAAAAUACCCACACUGAGCCUGUCCAAGCUAAUCAACUUCAU